UCAAAAGAUGCACUAAUAUUUGUUCUGGCAUUUUUUUUUUGUAUGAGAGAAGAAAGUAACCAAGAGCUGUAGUGAUUUAUAAUGAAAUAUACUAAACAUGAUUUUAUGAUGUCAGUUCUUGGCAUUAUAAUCUAUGUAACUGACUUAAUUGUGGACAUAUGGGUAUCUGUCAAGUUUUUCCGUGAAGGACAAUAUGUUUUUGGCAUAUUAGCAUUAAGCUUUAUGCUUUUUGGAACACUUGUGGUCCAGUGUUUUAGUUAUUCUUGGUUCAAGGCUGAUUUAAAGAAAGCAGGCCAAGAAAGUCAGCAUUGUUUGCUUCUACUUCAUUGCUUGCAAGGAGGAGUUUUUACAAGGUAUUGGUUUGCUUUGAAAAAGGGUUAUGGUGUAGCUUUCAAAUAUAGCAGCAAAACUACUAACUUCCUGGAAGAAAUUGAUCAACAUAAAGAAGUUAUAGAUAGAAUGACUGAUUUGAGCAUGCUCAGGCUAUUUGAGACCUACCUGGAAGGCUGCCCACAAGUUAUUCUUCAGCUCUACAUACUUCUGGAGCAUGGUCAAGUGAACUUCAGUCAGUAUUCUGCGAUUGUGGUCUCUUGCUGUGCUAUUUCUUGUUCAGCUGUUGAUUAUCAAAUAGCUUUAAGAAAAUCUUUGCCUGAUAAAAAUCUCCUUAAUGGAUCUGGUCCCAAAUUCACAUAUCUCUUUUACAAGCUGUUUACAUUAAUAUCUUGGAUGCUGAGUGUUGUACUUCUACUACUCUUAAAUGUUAAGAUUGCUUUAUUUCUGUUGUUAUUACUUUGGUUUUUAGGUAUAAUAUGGGCAUUUAAAAAGAAAACUCAGUUUUGUACUUCUGUAAGUAUGGAAUUCUUAUACCGGAUUGUUGUUGGAUUCAUUCUUAUCUUUACAUUUUUCAAUAUUAAGGGACAGAAUACCAAACGUCCAGUGUCUUAUUAUUAUACUGUAAGGGUACUUGCCACGUUGGGGACAUUGAUUGUGUUCUGGGUUUUCCCCCUGUCUAUUUUUAGUCCAGACUAUUUUAUACCUAUCAGUAUCACUAUAGUUCUUACUCUUUUCCUUGGAAUUAUUUUUCUUAUUGUUUAUUAUGGGACUUUUCACCCAACCAGAAGAGAAGAAACAAAAUGUGAUGAAAUUGAUGGAAAAUCAGUUCAAAGAGAUUGUAGAGUGAGAUAUUUCCUAAUGAAAUAAGCUAUUCAUUUAUGAGAUAUAUUUUCUUAUUUUAUGUUUCAUUGGUUAGUAAAGAAAAUGUGUGUUA